AAGAAAUGUCUUCCCGUAGGGUGGUAAUAACAGGUUUAGGCUUAGUUACACCUUUAUCAACUGGUGUAAAAUCAUCAUGGAAAAAAUUAAUCAAUAGCGAAUGUGGUAUAAUAUCUUUAAAAUCAAGUAAUAUUACUAGUAAACCUGGUGUUAAUCAAAAUACUCUUGAAGAAAAAGAGGUGGGAAAAUUUAAUGAGUUAUCAUCAACUGUUGCUGGAAAGGUAAAGCCAGGAAAAUAUGAUGAAGGAGGAUUUGAUCCAAAGGAAUGGUUAGAUCCUGGGGAUGAAAGAAAAAUGGCUUUAUUUACUCAAUAUGCAAUUUGCGCAGCUAAACAAGCUUUGAAUGAUGCUGAAUGGGUACCAACAUCAGAUUUUGAAAAAGAGCGAACUGGGGUGUGCAUAGGAUCAGGAAUCGGUAGUCUUGAAGAUGUUAUCUCAAAUGCUAUGAUAUUUGAAAAUUAUGUAAGGACCGAAGAAGGUAAGCCCAAUGUUUGUGCCAAAAAUAUUAAUAAAUAUGGCGACAGGUCACUUAACGAUGAAGGACCAAAUCACGCAGUAUCUACAGCAUGUACAACUGGGGCACAUGCCAUUGGUGACGCAAGUAGAUUUAUUCAAUUUGGAGAUGCGGAUGUUAUGAUUGCCGGUGGAUCAGAAGCUAGUAUAUUACCUUUAACUAUUGCAGGAUUUGCAAACAGAGCAAAAUCAUUAGCCACCAAGUAUAAUGAUAGGCCGGAAGAAGCUUCAAGACCAUUUGAUCGAGAUCGAGAUGGAUUUGUCAUCAGUGAAGGUGCUGGAGUCGUUGUACUUGAGGAAUAUAAUCAUGCGAAAAAUAGAGGUGCACGCAUGUAUGCCGAAAUUCGAGGUUAUGGAUUAUCAGGCGAUGCAUAUCAUAUGACAGCUCCAUUGGAAAAUGGGGUUGGGGCAGAAUUAGCUAUGCGAAGAGCAUUAAACAAUGCUAAAUUGUCUCCAAAAGAUAUUGAUUAUAUUAAUGCACAUGCUACGUCAACCUUAUUAGGAGAUAUUGCUGAAAAUCGAGCAAUCAAGUCCAUUUUUGAAUCAUCAAGUACAUCUCACAAAUUAGCAAUAUCAUCGAGCAAAGGUUCCAUAGGUCACUUAUUAGGAGCUGCUGGCGCUGUUGAAGCCAUAUUUACUAUUUUGGCAUUAUAUCAUAAUAUUCUUCCGCCAACUUUAAAUCUCUACAAUCCUGGUGAUCCAGCAUCAGAUUUUUUAUCUUUUAAUUAUGUCCCAUUAGAUGCGCAGCAACAUCCUGGUAUUAGAGCGGCAUUGACCAAUUCAUUUGGAUUUGGAGGGACUAACGCGUCUUUAUGUUUUACAAAAUGUGAAUAA